CAUAGCUGCCUCACAUGGCAUCUGUUGCUCAUGCAGUCACUCUGGCUCAGACUUCUUAACUUUGGGACAUAAAAUCCGACCGAGCGAGUGGAGUUCCUGGUAUCCGCGCUGCUGAGAAAGCAGAGAUCAAGUUUUACGCGCAAGUUUGGACAGCAGACUCCAGCUGCAGAGCGCACCUAUUUUCAAGGGACCUAAAUAUGAAUGACACGGAUGUAAUCUGCAAUAACAACACCUCAUCCAACUUAAGCGAUCAGUCAUGUUUAUCUCCAACCGCCACGCCUUACAGUCCCAUCGACAUCACCACCUUUAUGCACAUUUUCCCCUCCAUCUACGGGAUCCUGUGCUCCGUCGGAGUCAUCGCCAACGCGCUGGUGAUCUACGCGGUGGCAGCUUGCAAGAAGAAGAUGGUGUCGGACAUCUACGUGCUGAACUUGGCCAUAGCUGACAUGCUGUUCCUGCUGGUGAUGCCCUUCAACAUCCACCAGCUGGUCAGAGACAGGCAGUGGGUGUUCGGAAACUUUAUGUGCAAAGCGGUGGUGGUGGUGGAUGUCAGCAACCAGUUCACCACCGUGGGGAUAGUGACAGUGCUGUGCAUUGAUAGGUACAUCGCUAUUGUGCAUCCCAGCUCAGAGAGGAGGACCGUGCAGUGGACCAUCGUAAUCAACAUGCUUGUGUGGCUGGGAAGCUUCCUCCUUACCGUCCCAGUCAUGAUUUACGCCACGGUGGUCCACAGGCUGCACAUGAAGGUGUGCAUGAUGAACCUGGACGGACCCGAGGACAUGUACUGGUACACUCUCUACCAGUCCAUCCUGGGCUUCAUUAUUCCCCUCAUCAUCAUCAGCACCUUCUACUCUCUCACCCUUUACCACGUGUUCAGCUCCAUCCGCCGCGUCAAGCGGAAGCAGUCGGUGUGGGCGAAGAGGGCCACCAAGAUGGUGCUGAUGGUCAUCGCCUUGUUCCUGAUCUGCUGGUCACCUUACCACGUCAUCCAGGUGAUCAACCUGAGCAACAACCCGCCCACCAUCGCCUUUGUCUACGCCUACAACAUCAGCAUCUGCCUCAGCUACUCGCACAGCUGCAUCAACCCUCUAAUGCUGCUCAUCUUUGCCCAGAAUUACCGCGAGCGCCUCUGCCGGCGGAACGUCCUGUACAGCUCGCAGCACUCGUCCAAAGCCACCGUGGUCAAAACCGACGGCUCCAGCACGACAAACGACCCGAACUACAGAGUCACCGUCAUCUAGUCAGAAUGAUGAGUGCUUGUAUCUGCAGCCUGACAAAAAAGAUGUACAGCUUUUUUAUAUUGUAAAUUAAUUUGCUAGAGAAAAAAAGAGGAAGAAGCCGCUGAAUAAAAGACGGCAAAGAAAAGCUCAGUAAUAUUUGGAUUAGUCAUUAGAAAGCACAUGCGCACACAUUGGGUCAGCUCAAGGACUGAAUUCCUCUGUGCAGCUUCACUGGUCAUUUCACCAGGACCAGUGUAGCGUCUUCAGCCUGAGCAGACAUGAUCUGCUGUAGGUAAUUUAAUAAAGAAGUCAUUCCAAGGGCUUAUGAUUUGUAACCAGUGGCCUCAAUAAUCCAGAGUUUACUGAUGCAAAGCAGAUAUGAGCUGUUCUGUUUGGAAACAGAGCCACUGAAGAAGUUUAUAUCCGGUUUGUCAGUGUUACAAAACUUUAGAGCUCAGAAAGACAAUUAAGUUUGAUCAAAAUUGGGUCCGGCUGACUGCAUCCCAAACCCAUAAAAGGUACUUCCUGUCUUUGUUUGGAUCCUUUCAUUUUGCUAACA